AUUUAUUUUUUAAUUUUAUACGUUUUUUCUCUAUCAAAACAAGUCCAAAUUCAGAUUAAUUUUGUCAGAGUAAAGCACUCUGUUUCUAUUCACGCCCUGCCACCAUGAACCAGAAAACCAUCACCAACAACAGAAGAAAGUCUCUCACUUUCCAUUGCUCUCUCCCGCCCUUGUGAUCUUCAUCUAAGUUGUUCCUCUCUGGUUCCUUUGUGUCAACACUUGCACUUCCGUUCGCAGAUCCAUUAUGUCUGAGGGUGUAGUUUGAUGGGUUGUCAGUUGAUGUUUAGCUGAGAAAAAGUGGAUGAAGUUGUAUGUCACGUGCAAGAUUUUCUAUGACGGACCUUAAAAGAGCUUUUGAUAUUGAGCAAAUGAGUUCUGUGUCAAGAAUUCAGCAUGACUUUUGGCCGCUGGAUGAGAUUGAUCCAAAGAAUGCCAAGUUUCCAUGCUGUAUAGUUUGGACCCCACUCCCAGUUGUCUCAUGGUUGGCUCCUUUUAUUGGACAUGUUGGUAUCUGCCGGGAGGACGGAGUUAUUUUAGAUUUUGCGGGAUCCAACUUUGUGAAUGUUGAUGAUUUUGCAUUUGGUGCUGCUGCCAGAUAUCUUCAACUUGAUAGAAACCAGUGUUGCUUCCCUCCGAACCUAUCUGGGCACACAUGCAAACAAGGGUACAUGCAUGCGGAGUUUGGGACUGCAAUGACAUGGGACGACACCCUCCAAUCAAGUUUCCGCCACUUUGAGCACAGAAGCUACAAUCUUUUCACCUGCAACUGCCAUUCGUUUGUUGCCAAUUGUCUGAAUCGGCUUUGUUAUCGUGGAUCAAUGAGUUGGAACAUGAUCAGUGUUGCAGCUCUAAUUCUUUUCAAGGGUAGUUGGAUCAAUUUCUUGUCCAUCAUCAAAUCAUUCCUCCCUUUCACAGUGGUUCUCUGCUUGGGUUUGUUACUGGUUGGCUGGCCGUUCUUAAUUGGGCUGUUCUCUUUCUCCCUCCUCCUUAUGGGGUGGUAUGUAUUGGGUACUUACUGUUUCAAAAACUUGUUAGAGUGCUAGUGUUUUAAGUUUUAACAUCUUUUUCACAAAUCGGAGUUAAUGUACUUGGUGUUCAUUUUGUAAGUCUGUUCAUAAUACCCCUCACCGCCAUGUCAAGUAGAUUGUCUGUGCUGGUGCUGGUGCUGGUGCUGGUGCUGGUGGAAAAUGUAAGCCCAGUACCAAGAAACUGAACUGGUUUUAGACUUCUUUCACAGUAAUUGGACAGUUGGGAUGUCAGUUCCUCUGUAUGGAUGGCAUGCAUAUUUGAAUCUAAACCUUGGUUUC